AUGGGUUUCUUAGAGGCUUUGGUGAGCCGAAAGGUGUAUCCAAAGGUCUUGGCUGAUGGAGAGUUGACAUUUCCUGAAGGUGACCUCCGAGAGGUAUUUGUUAUAAGGAAAAGGCUUCUUCGCGUAAAUUUCUCGACGCUUUAUGCAGAGGUAUUUGUUUUAGAGAGAAGGUUUCUUCAUGCCAAGUUCUCAAUGCUUUGUACAGAGGUAUUUGUUAUAGGGCAAAGACUCCUUCCUGCAAAGUUCUCGACGUUUUAUGCAGAGAUUCAUAUCUUGAAGUCUCAAGCAAUCGUGAUCGCGGCACCCUUUGCGUUUACCCUUGGCCUCUUAUCAUCUAUCUUGGCAGUCACUCUUGCAGUCAAGGAGUGUACUUGGACAUACGCAGGUUUUGAGUUCGCGCUCGUCGCAUUAUUUGUCUAUGUAUUAUAUUCCAUGGUGACGGCUUCGAAUACUCCAUCUCAAGCCUGCUGUUGUAAUAAUGCUUUCGGGAUAGCUAUGACGAUCAAUGCACUGUAUAUCUACAGUUACAAUUUGCAGGUUCAGAUUGCGGAAAGUUCUAGCCCAGCAUGAUUUGACCUCGUAAAAAUGAGUCAUUCCUGCGUUUUUACGCAUAUUCACCAAGGCCUUGGUGUUUAUACAUUUGAAGCAGAAAUUUAGAAUGGGAUUUAUGAAGAAA